AUGACCGCGUCUGCGACUCGUGCGCAUCUUCAAGAUCUCUUUUUCAAGGAUGCCGGGCUUCUGGAGCACUUCCAGUCGAGAUUCGAUGUCGAGCGCCAUCGUCGGGGUGUGACCAGUUUUCGGAACGUGAAGCUUUUCCGCGAAGCAGACCCCGGCUUCACGCAGGCAUUGGAAGUGGCAGUGAAGGAGCGUGUUUACAACGAUGGCGAGUACAUGGUGACCGAGGGAGUGGAGUGUCAUGAGGCGGUCAUGCUUUGCCGUGGCACAGUGAACAUCCUGAGUGACGACGUCGUUGUAGCUUCGAUUUCUGUUGAGCAGAUGGAGGACUCCAUCAUUUUUGGGGAGUUUACGCUGAUGGGCAUUUGGGAUGCUCCCAGAGCUUCCAUUGUGGCCGUGAAUACAUGCCUGGUGCAGGUGAUCCACCAGGAUGCUCUUCGGCAAUGCCUUGACCUGUACCCAGAUGAGUCUUUCAUUUUUCGCGAGCUCGUCGAAAUCCGCCUGGAUAAGAUCUACCAGCAGGAGGCAGAAGUCAAGCGGCAGAAGUCGCAAGCCAGUCUUGGAGGUAACUCCAAUCCAGAGCAGGAUGCGGACGUGUCAAACAAUGCAGAGGCUGGCCUCGGAGGAAACUCGCCUCAAGCCCGCCCGGCUGUGGGAAACUCACCUCAAGCCCGCUCGCUCGCCGUGAAACGCAAGACCCUUCCGCGAGGCAUCCGUGAGGUGAAGGAUUUCAAGGUGCUAUCCGCCCAGUGUAUGCGGGAGCUCGAGUUGUAUCUUCACAAGAGACUCUUCAUGAAGGAUCAGGUGAUUGUUCAUCAAGGCACUGACCUGCAAGAUGUGUAUGUUCUGCAGCAGGGUACUUGCGAGGCCAAGGUGUUUGGGGCCAGCUUCGAAAUCAUGAAAGGCCACUGCGUCAUAGGCGGCCUACCAUCGGUCCUCACAAAGAAAGUGUUUACGACUGUGGUCGCUACGGAACCAUGUUUUGUGGUGAAGAUCUCACAGAGACACUUCAACGCGAUGUUGGACAAGUAUCCGGACGAUCGCAAGAAGCUUUUUGCUGCUGCAAAUCGCGCCUUCAGCACGAUGUGCGAUGACUUCCAACAAAAUGUGUGGAUCGCGCAGGCUUUCCAGGAGCAACUCGGCGCAAUGCCGUGUCUUGCAGGCGCCUGUGUGGAGUUCCUGGCAGCUUUAGCUCAUGUGCUGGAGCCGCGGCUUCUGCUUCCGGCGCAGGAGAUCUUCCUGGCCAGCGGCAAGGAAGACUCUCCAGAUCUUUACUUUGUGUUCGAAGGACAUUUCCACUGCUUGCAGAAGGGAGCAGUGAUGGGGACCAUUUCGCCAAAGAUGGUGUUCGGCGUCUUGGAAGUCUUCGGAAUCAACGACGUCUCCAGCGACAUGAGGAUUUAUUCCGACGAGAUUUGCAAGGUUGGGGUCCUGACACAAGCGCAGCUCUGCGACUUGCUGCACGAGUUCCCACAGGAAAGGGGCAAGUUCGAGAAACUUGUACACAGUCUCAUGGAGGACAGUGUAAAUCACCACCUCGUCAUGUUACCAUUCCUCUCCGGCCUGAACAACCAACAGAUCCUGACAGUUUGCCAUUUAUUGGAUAGGAGGUUUCUGCUGCCGGACGUCACGAUAGUGAAAGAAGGAGACGGUGGCGACUUCAUGAUGGUGCUGAACUGUGGAAAGGUCGAGGUUCUGUACAAGGAUGUGAGCAUGGGUAAGCUUCUGGCGGGGAAGGCAUUUGGCGUAAGCCAAAUGAUGGGGUUACAUACUCGCUACCAUGCCACCUUGAAGGCGAAGAGUACUUGCCACAUUCUCUUGAUCUUCUGGCACAUGUUGAGCGGCCUGAUCAGCACGGCUGCGGACUUGACCUGGGUGCAAGCCAUGAGGCGUCAGGCGCAGGAGAUCUACGAUGCGGAAAGCACAGGUUUCGCUCGCAAGCUACAGCAGAAGUCGAACAUGGUGAGAUCAAGGCACCUCCUGAUGGACAACGUCAACAUCGUCACGGGGUUGUGGAGCUUGCGUGAAAUACUGCAGGAGUGGUACCAGGUGGCCAGAUCGGGGAUCCUAUCCGGACGGGAUGACUCAAUGACGCAGGCUGCGCCCCCCAUGCAGAGACAGAUUACAGCGAUGUCAACAGGGGGAGGCGGAAGACUUCCUACGGUAGAGACCUCUGCCUUUCCCAACAAGCACCGCGGGAUGGCUGCCCGACCUGUACGCUUCAACCAGAACCUGCGGUGGGCCGAUCUGCCCCGGAGCAACUGCAAGAAGGAGUUUCUGAAGUGGGAGCUGCAGUCCGGACGCUUGGACAUAUGGAAGGGCUUCACCGGAUCUGCCUGGCUCCACACAGUGCGGGAUGAAGUAGCUCAGGAAGGAGGACGACACAAGUGA